GGCUCAGCAGUUUGCAAGCGGAUUGAAGCAUGGCGAUCCUCAGGCCCCCGCUUCUGCCACUGGGGUUGCUUCUGUGCCUCUGGCUUCUGUGUUCUCCGGCCAGCUGCACAAACCCCACUGCCAAAUGCAAGCCCAUCUGUUCGGUCACCAACAAACGACCCUCAUAUAUCGACAUCUACCCAUGGGACUAUGAGAGCAACAAACUCUACACGGUGUCACUCAUUGUGGAGCCCAAUAUUACCUCUGUGAUCUUCGAAGCACGGGACCAGAACAACUCAGUCAUUGGCUCCUGGCAAAACCCCAGUCAAUCUUGUGAAGGCCGUGCCGAGUACAACUUGAAGGGUCAAAUCAGGAUGCUCUUCGAGGCAAAAUGGAUGUCUCCUAAAUCCACGAACAUAUCCUCAGUCACGAUAUACGUCUACUGUACCAAUUUCCUGAGACAUGCUGAACUUGUUCCCCUAACACUGUCGAGAGUUGGGGCACCCUCAGCUGAGAACACCAAGCAUUUCCCAGUCAGGAGCAUAACACCCCCAGGCCACAGACCAACCCCAGCUCCCCGGAAACCAACCCCAGCUCCCCCGAAACCAACCACAUCCCACCCGACACCAACCACACCCCACCCGACACCAACCACGCCCCACACGACACCAACCACGCCCCACCCAACACCAACCACAUCCCACCCGAAACCAACCACAUCCCACAAAAACUCAGCCAACAGAGCCUUCCUCAGCCCCGUGAGAGAGGCCAUCCAGAUCCUGCUCAUCUUUCUCACCAGCACACUCCUCUUCUAG